GAUGUCGAUGUCGUUUUCAGCUGUCUGUGUACCCUUUGUGGAAUCCAAAGUGCCAAGCCAUCUCUGCUCCAGUACUUACCAGUUCUCUUUUGGGGCUCCAGCAAACUACUUACAUUCUGAGUCAGGUAGGCGAGUUCUGCUCCAUGGAGGCCCUGUCCAUUUCUGCCGCACAUUUUGUGGCUUAAAAAGAUGGAUAGUUGAGAAUCUACACUUAGAAAAGCAUAAGCGAAAACUUGGACCUACCAAUGAGUUUAAGAGUAUUAAAAAUCAAGUCAAAGAUCAACUACAAGAAGAUUCAAAUGCUGAAACAACAAAAAUAUCCUCACAGGUCGAAGAAAGUUCUGUGCCAAGUUUCCAACCACAUGCAUCUGUUGAUGUGUCAACUACUACUGCGGAAUCUCCUUUUAUCCCACAAACUCGUUCCUCCAAAUUUCCCUAUGAGUGUGGUGAAGGACCCACACUCUGCAUUGCAGUCAUAGGAGCAACUGGUGAGCUGGCAAGGGGAAAGAUUUUUCCUGCACUUUUUGCUCUCUAUUACAGUGGCUUUCUUCCUGAGAAUGUCUGUAUCUUUGGUUAUUCAAGGAAAGAUAUGACAGAUGAAGAUCUGAGAUCCAUGAUUGCGUCCAAUUUAACUUGUCGUGUUGAGCAUCAACAAAAUUGUGGAGACAGAACGGAUAUUUUCCUUAGCAGAACAUUCUAUAUCAAUGGAGGUUAUGAUAAUAGAGAAGGCAUGUCAAAACUUGAUGUACUUAUGAAGCAAUUUGAGGGAAAAUCUGAAGCAAACAGGAUAUUUUACCUCUCUGUGCCACAAGAAGCACUUAUAAAUGUUGCAUGCUGUGUUGCUGAUAACGCCCAAUCCGUGAAAGGCUGGAAUCGAGUGAUCAUUGAGAAGCCUUUUGGCUUUGAUGUAUUAUCAUCUCAUCGGUUGACACAGUCUCUCCUUUCUAAGUUUCAGGAGCAACAGAUAUACAGGAUUGAUCAUCUUUUGGGACGGAACCUUAUCGAAAAUCUCACAGUCCUAAGGUUUGCUAAUUUAGUGUUUGAGCCACUAUGGAACCGUACAUAUAUACGAAAUGUACAGGUCAUUUUGUCAGAAGACUUGGGUGUCCAAGCAGGAAGGUACUUUGAUGGAUAUGGGAUCAUUCGUGACAUAGUACACAGUCAUAUACUUCAAACAAUAGCAUUGCUUGCCAUGGAACCACCAAUAAGUCUCGAUGGUGAAGAUAUCCGAAAUGAAAAGGCCAAGCUCUUGAGAUCAGUACGGAAAUUGGAGCCUAGUGAUGUUAUUCUUGGCCAGUAUAAAGCCAGAGCUGGUGAUAAGGUUGAUGUAUACAUGAACAGCCUGACUCCCACAUACUUUGCUGCGGCAUUGUAUAUUGACAAUGCACGCUGGGAUGGUGUGCCCUUCUUAAUCAAAUCUGGCAUGGGACUCAUCAAACACAGAGUCGAGAUACGCAUACAGUUCCAUCAUGUCCCGGGAAAUCUUUACCGUGAGCAAAUGGGGCACAAUAUAGACCUUGCCACAAAUGAGCUGAUCCUGCGUGAUACACCAGACGAAGCCAUCCUAGUCCGAGUGAACAAUAAGAUUCCAGGGUUGGGGCUGCGGUUGGAUUCUCCAGAACUAAAUUUGCUUUAUAAGGACAAGUACAAUGUGGAGAUGCCUGAUUCAUAUGAGCAGCUUCUCCUUGAUGUUGUGGAUGGAGACAACCAUCUAUUUUUGAGAAGUGACGAGCUUGCAGCUGCGUGGAAUAUUCUAACUCCGGUUCUGGAUGAGAUAGACAAGAAGAAUAUAGCCCCUGAGUUGUACGAGUUUGGGGGUAGAGGUCCAGUAGGAGCAUACUAUCUGUGGGCAAAACAUGGGGUUCCAUGGGCAGAGGACUAGAAAAGGCUGAAAAGCCUUCAGGGAACCUUCAUCAACAGUUAAAUGAGUGAGUUCGAGAUUAUCAUUUGAUCAUGCAAUGAUUCAUUUCAUGUAGUUCCCCCCUGCAAUCACAGCUCUGUGUUUCUGCAUUCGCACCGUUUAAGAUUGAUAAUGCAGUGUCAUAAUCAUUGAAUCAUAUUCAUAAGAACUGUUUACCAGAUUUUGUGCAUUGGGGUCCUUUGUGAGGUACAACGGCUACUCUUAUGAUUUGGGAGUUGAGAAUGAAUU